AUGCCCGCCGACUCAGUCAAUGUCAUUGUCCUGGGCGCCGGAGUAAGCGGACUGACAACCGCUCAUAGCCUGCUCUCACACUAUUCAGUGUCACCGCAGAAUGCCAUCAAAAAGCUAAACAUCACCAUCGUCGCCAAACAUCUGCCCGGCGACAUCAAUCAAACAGAGUACUGCUCACCACAAGCAGGCGCCAAUUGGCGCUCGUUCCAGCCGGAGCUCAAUCAACACGCGAAAUGGGACAAGGUUGCUUUUGAGCGCUUUCUGGAGAUUGCUCGCGAGUCGCCUGAAAGCGGCGUCAAGCGGUUUCCCAUGAGGUUGGUGUUUGGAGACGACGAUGAAAGGCGGCAAAGAGAUCAACUGUGGUUUGCCGAUUUGGCCGGUGGCAUUGUCGAUGUGCCGAAGCACGAGCUGCCAGAGGGAACAUGGGGGGUUGACAUGGUCACUUUCAUGUUCAAUCCGGUUGUUUAUUGUAAUUGGCUAUAUGCAAGCUUGAUGAAAAGAGGUGUCAAAGUCAUUCGGCGCUCUUAUGACCAUAUCGAUAGCUUGCUCUCAGACUUUCCGGAUACCGCUGCCGUCUUCAACUGCACGGGCCUGGGUGCGAGACACCUUGGUGGUGUAGAGGAUGGAAAAGUGCACCCGACAAAAGGCCAAACGAUCCUCCUUUCUGAGCCCAAAGUCCCACUAGAGAGGAUGUACAUAUGGACGCAACCCUCUGUGAUGGGCCCGAACGAGUUUUCGCACGUGUUUCCCCGACCGCUUGGGGGCGGAGUCAUCAUCGGGGGUGUAGCCUUGCACAAUGACUGGGAUGAGUCAUUCGACGUUUCCCGGGUUGACCGAAUCAAGCAACGGGCAUGUCAGCUAGCACCUGAAUUAGGCAAGCCGGAAGAUUUACAGAUUGUCCGGCAUAAUGUCGGACUGCGGCCGAGCCGUGAUGGAGGCCCCAGGGUUGAGAUUGAAGAGCACAAUGGGAAGUUUUUGAUCCAUAAUUACGGUGUUGGUGGUAGUGGAUAUCAAUCAUCAUGGGGCAUGGCUGAACAUGCUGUUGCUUUGUUUGCUCAGAAGGUGGGUUUGAGUAUUCAGCAGGCAAAGCUGUAUUCUGUGACUUAUAAUGACUAA